UCUGAAGCCCAGCAGCUGGAGAUGAUAAAGAUGUCCAAAUUUGGUGGCGGCAUUGGAGCCCCAAGUAAAGAAGAGAGACUGAAUGAAGCUGCAAGAAUCCACGUGAAACUGGGCAACACACAGCGUUACUGUGAGCUGAUGGUAGAGUUAGGAAAGGUGGGUCUGUGAAGUCAGAACAUAGUAUUACUCUUUAAAUAAAUUUUUAUUUUUAAAAUAAUAAUUUUAUGCAGCUGACACAUUCUAAAGCCAAAUGAGUGUUGUGAACGUUGUGAUGGAAGUGAACCUGUGAACAUUUACCAAUGUGUACCCAUGUUCAGAUAUUAUAAUGUAACAGUUGUCCCAGAUGUGUACCCAUGCUCAGAUAUUAUAAUGUAACAGUUGUCCCAGAUGUACAAAUUUUUUUUAGCAUGAUUAUUUAAUUUACACUUAAUUUGUUAAAUUUUUUUUUAAAAGCAAUUGUAUCCAAAUACAGUUAUUGCCCUUUUGCCAAGACAGAAGUGAAAAUUUAAAUCAAGAGUAUGCUAGGCAGGAGUGGGUUAAUUCCAAUUAAAUUCUCAAAUCAGUUUUUUUUUUUUUUUUUGUUUAAUGCAUCUGCUGUUUUUAUGGUUACAAUUGUGUUUAAAUUUAAACUGCUGCCCUUGUUUCGGUUUAAGAAUUUCAUUUUUUGUUUUUUAUUUAUUUACACUUAAUUUGUUUAAUUUUUUUUUAAAAGCAAUUUUAUACAAAUACAGUUAUUUCCCUUUUUCCAAGACAGAAGUGAAAAUUUAAAUCAAGAGUAUGCUAGGCAGGAGUGGGUUAAUUCCAAUUAAAUUCUCAAAUAAGUUUUUUUUUUUUUUUGUUGAUUAAUGCAUCUGCUGAUCUUAUGGUUACAAUUGUGGUUAAAUUUAAACUGCUGCCCUUGUAUCGGAUUAAGAACUUCAUUUUUAGUUUUUUUGUUUUUUUUAACCUUGUUACUAAACAUUCUAAUAUAUUUGUUUUUUCCGACAGUGGGAAAGAGCACUGGCUAUAGCGCCAUCUGUUUCUAUGAAAUAUUGGCAUAAAUUGAAUCAGAGGUAAAUAAAAAAAAUUAAAAAUUAUUUAAAAUUCUACCAAAGAAUGGACUGCACUUCUAACCAUCACUAAACAGUUAGAUGACCAAAAGUUCAGCAUGUCAGUGUUAACAAAUAGUUUUAUCAAAGUUCAGAUCAUAAGACAGUGUUAACCAUGUAAUUAAACAUCAACUUUCAAUGAAAACAACUGAAAUAUUCAAUCAUGAUGAAAACUGUAUGCUUGAACAUGUACAUUGUACAUCUCUAGGUUGAUUAGGUAGGUGCCUGCCUCUAAAAUUCUUUUGCUAUCAACAGUGUUAGGGCUUUCAUUCACAUAAUUUACGAUAUAUAUCUUCCUAAUAUUUUUAACAAUGCGUAACAUUAUUUAUUUAUUGCUUAUAUUAAGAUAAGCAAACACUAUUCAUAAGUCUUGAUACCUAAAGAUAAGAAAUAAAAUGUAUUAAUACAAGCUUUGCUUCUUUGUUUUUAGAUGAGUUUUUACCAUAAAAUAAAUUGAAUUCUUGGAAUGUGGUUAAACUAAACUUUUUAUCAAGUUUUUUUUUUUAAAUAGAACUCUUUAAAUCAUCAUUUUUUUUUAAUUUUUGUUUCAGUUAAUGAUGGUAAAUUAUUAUUUUUUUUACCUAAAGGUAUUGCGCUGCCCUUUUGGCUGGAGACAAUGACGAUGCUCUCCCUUUCAAUGUAGCUGCUGGCAACAUCAAAGAGCUCGUGUCAUUUUUCACCUCACGAGGCCAACUGUCAGACGCAGCGGUGAUUGCUGAGAGCGCUUGUGAAGGUUCUAUAAAGGUUCCUGUGACUGAUAUCAGAGAAAGGUCCUCACCCGGAAUUCCUGAAGAGGCUGGCUCAUUAAAUAGGUAA